GCUCACGACGUCCUGGUAAUGGCACUCCGUCACUCAAGAGCAAAGCUGAAGCUGUGAGCUACGGGCGCUGUGGAGGGUCAAAUCUCGCGGGCUGAUGUGUGCGGAAGUGCUGCUCCAUUAGAUAUUAACAGCUGGAGACGCUUCGUUCCAGGAUCGCUUAAGCGGAUCAUAGAGGGUAAUUAUAGGACCAAAAGUGUACAGAGAUGGACGGUAAUUUGACGCUGAAUUUGGCCAACUUCAGCACUCUCUUCGUGUGUAUGGUGCUGAAGUUCCCGCAGAUAUUCGUGCUGAUGCGGGCCAGAGCGACCGCUGGAGUCAGUCUGAACAGUCUGCUGCUGGAGCUGGUCGGGUUUCUAGUGUUUAUGUCCUAUCAGAUGUACUAUGACUACCCGCCCCUCACAUACCUGGAGUAUCCCAUCCUCAUUGCACAAGAUGUCAUUGUGCUCCUGUUGAUCCUGCACUACAACAGAAACUUGAAGCACAGCCUCAUAUAUGCAGCACUGUUUGUGGGUGGAUGGCAGCUGCUUACAGUACAGAAGUGGGUGAUUGAUCUGGCCAUGAGUCUGUGCACAUUCAUCAGCGCCAGCAGUAAACUGGCACAGCUUCAGUGUCUGUGGCGCUCAAAGGACUCUAGGCAGGUCAGCAGUCUUACCUGGGGUCUGGCCACAUACACAUGCCUGGCACGGAUCUUCACCACCGUCGUCACCACAGGAGACACACAAGUCCUCAUUCGGUUUGUCAUCAUGACCGUUCUGAACUUGUGGGUUACGGUUACAGUGAUCUACUACAAACCCCAUGCAGUAAAACGGGACUAAGACUUCACACUUUACACACAAAAUGUAUUCUCUAGAUGUGGGGUUGGAGUUUUUUUUUAAAGAAAUGAACUGGAAUCAGGUCAGUUGCUAUUGGAUGUAGCACUUUCUAUAUUGCAAUGUAAAAGAUGUUGAGAUAUACUGACUACAGCCAAAAACCUUUUUAUCACAAUGCUUUCCAUAUGAUUUAAUUAGUGCUUGCAAGGCACCAUUCAUACUUUUUUUGCAGAGAAUUUUAAUAUAAGGUGUGCUAAUCUAUUUUUUUGUAAAUUUAGUACUUAAGAAAUUUAUUACAUUUUGAAAAUCUUCAAUUCCAAAUGCAAAAUAAUUUUUGCAUAUUGAAUUGCACUUUUUUUUUUUUUUUUAUAUAAAUCUAUUUGAAUACUGAAUUGUGAUUGGUCUCGUCUUCCUAGCCACCUUGACAUAUCUUAAACUUUAACAUUUUCUACACAUUUAUUUUGUUGCCUUGCAAGCACUGGUAUUUUAUUCAGGACAUGCAAAUCUUGUGUUCUGAGAUGUAGGACAGAGUAGUUUUCUACUCUCAAUUGCUUUGAAUCUCAGACGUGAAUGUUGUGGAACCUAAAUUCAUGAAUUACAUUUGUCAUGUCAGAAGUUUGACCAAAGUAUUAUGAAACAUACAUUCCUAGUAUCCUCCCCUCAUUCUUGCAUUGUUCCUUAGAAUUCCAGUGAGGUUUCUUCCAUGAACUGUUGAUUCAAGUUCCUGCACUUGUACAUGUUACAGAUAUACUGUUAUGGUUUUUUAAGUUAGUAGUUUGGUCAUUUUCUUUUUCUUCACAGAAAGGCAAAUAGUUUGUGACCAGUUUUCAGCUAAAGAACUGUUAAAAUUGAUCAAUGAUAUCAGGCUGCUGAUCAGACUGUUUACUGUAGUUCACACAGGGAUGAUGUUUACAUACACUGAAAUAUGCAAUGUUUUAUAUUGAGCUGUAUUAUAUGCUGAUAUAAUGAAGGCAGGGUUUUCUGAACUGGACACCUUUCAUAUAUUACUGAUGUUGUGUUAAGCUUAUUCACUUUAUAAUAUUAUUGAAGAAGAAAAAACAUAGGACUCUUCUGGUCACUCAGAUCAAGCAAUGUUCAAGUACUAGAUUACUAAGAAAAUGUUCAUGAAGAUUUCAAUAUCUAAAGCACAACGGUCUCUUUCCUAAGUACUUUAAUAGGUCUUUUGUAUUUUAUAAAUCAAUAAACAUUCCUUUUGUGUGGAAA